AUGGUCACGAUCCGCGUCGCGAUGGCCCAAGAGCUCCGAGGUUCCGACCUCAAGAAGCGGAAACAACUCGUUUUUGCUGUGAUUCACUACGCCGGGUACUCUGCCACGUCGGACGUUGUUUGCAACCGAACCGGUGAAGUGUGGUGGAUGGUUGAGCUCUCCAUCGACGCGGACGUCGUCGACAUCACGCAACAUCCAACGAUCGAAGUGUAUGUAUUCUGCGCCGACUCGUGGGGCGCUCGUGAAUCGCUGCUCGGGUCGUCUCAAGUGCGCAUGCCUCGGUACGGACUGGCAUUCCACGAACUCACGCCGCUGUUGCAGAACCAAGUCACGACUGGGCAGCUCCUCGUGUUUGUGGACGCGACGGCGCACUGGAGUGCCGCAGACGUCGACCUGGAGCACUGGAGCGCGCUGACACUGGCGCCAAAGGAAGACCUUGAACAGCCGUCCAGUGAAGCGACGCCGCAUGCUGCCGAGCUCUCUCCUCGGUAUGCGUCCGAGGGCACGACCGUGGAGGAACCAGAACCCGAACACGAAAAUGGCAUCGACGAGACAUCACUCAGCGACACAAAAGUCUCUGAAUCCCGACGCGCAUUGACAAUGCCUCAAGACAACGAGAGCCACGAAGGGUGCGAACCAUCCAUCGAUGCAUAA